UGUCGGGGGCGGUGGAGUAGCGAGUGAGGGGAGCGCGACGGCGACGGCGGCGGAGCCCUCGCUGGACGGCCAGGAGGAAAGCGAGGCCCGAGCCUCUGCGUCUAGCACCCAUGCUGGAUAUUCUCAGCAGAUCUGGAUGCUAAGCCUGGGAGCCAGUGUUUGUGCAGAAAGUGAUAAGACUGUCAGGAGUGGCUCUGCUGUUCUGAUCAGAAUGGUUUCAAUCCCAGAAUACUAUGAAGGCAAGAAUGUCCUCCUCACUGGAGCUACUGGUUUCCUAGGGAAGGUACUUCUGGAAAAGUUGCUCAGGUCUUGUCCUAAGGUGAAUUCAGUGUAUGUUUUGGUGAGGCAGAAAGCUGGACAGACACCCCAGGAACGAGUAGAAGAAGUCAUUAGUGGCAAGCUUUUUGACAGAUUGAGAGAUGAAAAUCCAGAUUUUAGGGAGAAAAUUAUAGCAAUCAACAGUGAACUCACCCAGCCUAAACUUGCUCUUAGUGAAGAAGAUAAAGAGAUCAUCAUAGACUCUACCAAUAUUAUAUUCCACUGUGCAGCUACAGUAAGGUUUAAUGAAAAUUUGAGAGAUGCUGUUCAGUUAAAUGUAAUUGCUACACAACAGCUUAUUCUGCUUGCACAACAAAUGAAGAAUCUGGAAGUAUUCAUGCAUGUAUCAACAGCAUAUGCCUACUGCAAUCGAAAGCAUAUUGAUGAAGUAGUCUAUCCACCCCCUGUGGAUCCCAAGAAGCUGAUUGAUUCUUUAGAGUGGAUGGAUGAUGGCCUCGUAAAUGAUAUCACACCAAAAUUGAUAGGAGACAGACCUAAUACAUACAUAUACACAAAAGCAUUGGCAGAAUAUGUUGUACAACAAGAAGGAGCAAAGCUAAAUGUGGCGAUUGUAAGGCCAUCAAUUGUUGGUGCCAGUUGGAAAGAACCUUUUCCAGGAUGGAUUGAUAAUUUUAAUGGACCAAGUGGUCUCUUUAUUGCUGCAGGGAAAGGAAUUCUUCGAACAAUGCGUGCCUCCAACAAUGCUCUUGCAGAUCUUGUUCCUGUAGAUGUCGUUGUCAACAUGAGUCUUGCGGCAGCCUGGUAUUCUGGAGUUAAUAGACCAAGAAACAUCAUGGUAUAUAAUUGUACAACAGGCAGCACUAAUCCUUUCCACUGGGGUGAAGUUGGAUAUUAUCUAACUCAUUACUUCAAGAUGAAUCCUUUAAACCAAGUAUUCAGGCGCCCCAAUAUUAAGUUGUAUUCCAACAACUUAUUGCUUCAUUAUUGGAAGGGUGUCAGACAUACAGUACCUGCAUUAUUGCUUGAUCUGGCACUCAGGUUGACAGGUCAGAAACCGUGGAUGAUGAAGACAAUAACUCGUCUUCACAAAGCUAUGAUAUUUCUUGAAUAUUUCACAAGUAAUUCUUGGGUUUGGAAUACUGACAAUGUCAAUAUGUUAAUGAAUCAACUAAACCCUGAAGAUAAAAAGACUUUUAAUAUUGAUGUACGGCAGUUACAUUGGGCAGAAUAUAUAGAGAACUACUGUAUGGGAACUAAGAAGUAUGUAUUGAAUGAAGAAAUGUCUGGCCUCCCUGCAGCUAGAAAACACCUGAACAAGUUGAGGAACAUACGUUAUGGUUUCAAUACUAUCCUUGUGAUCCUGAUUUGGCGCAUUUUUAUUGCAAGAUCACAAAUGGCAAGAAACAUCUGGUACUUUGUGUGUUAAUAUUAUUUUCACCCUAAUUGAGCACCCUUCUCCACUGUGGCUUAUCUGCAAUCAACACUGGAUAAAAUGUGGGCCCUUCAAAACUUCCUCAUCCAGGAAGAGAAGUCCCACUUGGUCAUUUCACCCACGGACAGAAGAAUUCUUUAAAGGUAGCCAGUUCCCAAAUUAUCCAUUCCCACAGAUUUAUUAGGCACACGUUGAGACAGCUCACCCUCUUUAUGUGCUAUAAUGAUCUGUCUUCUUUCAGGGAGAGAGAGGUUAUUUAUAUAACUUGGCUCCCGGAGCAUUUCACAUUCCAUUAGCUCUAUAGUCCUCAGCCCUGAAAAAUUAAAGGCAUGGGGUGAUCAGUGGCCUGUAAUUUGGAAGAGCCUUAAACUAUCCAGAAGCAAAUUCUGGAAAUCAUCCCACCCUCACACACAUACAUUUAAAAUCUUCCUCAUCUUAAUUUUUGAACAAGUCUCUUGCCUCAGAAUGAAAAAUCUUCAGGAAGCUUUCACUUACAACUAGAAAUUGCAGAAUACGUGUAUUUAAAUAUUGUUAGAUCACAGAUUCUUAGCUCUAGAUCUGAUUCUUUGCUUUGCCAGGCAUUCUGUACAGCUUUCUCACUCUUUGACAUUUUCAAAGUACAGUGUUUCCACAUUCAGUUGGCAGGUUCACCCUGCAUCCCCACACUGGGCUUAAAUGGUGUUUUGUGUUUUUUUGCCAAAAUAAAUCUGGUUACUUUUUACCUUUUUUCCUUGGUUAGAACUUUCUAGUUAAAGUUGAGUUUCUAAUUCUGACUCACCGUCCUCACUUUAGAGGCACCCCCACCCCCUGCACUUUUCCCUGAAGGAGAAAUUUCCUGUGCUGAAUGCUCUUCUUUGCCCGUGCAGACCCACACUCUCUUCUCCACGCUGCUCUUUGCCACAUCAAGCUGACCUUUGUGGAUGACACAUUUGGAUUCCCUUGCUUUCUGGCUUCCAGUUGGUUUCAGCCUGUGAGAGGCACCGACACAAGUAGAGGACAGGAGGAGAGAAAGGACAGGGCUGUGUAUUCCUCAGUCACUCUCUCUCGUCUCUGGUUUGGCAGUGGUUGCACUCCUCUACCAAAUGCGACUGCUGCUGUAGGGUGGCCUCGCUUGGGUAUAGCUCCACAUUUCUCAGAAUUUCAGUCAUCGCCUCCUCGCCUUACCUGCAGCUCUCCACUCUUGGGAGUCCCUGUGCUUCACCAUCUCUCAUUGUUGCUUUAACCCUGCUCAUGCUUUUGUUCCUUCCUUGACCUCUAUUACUUCUCUCGGUAUGGAAUCUGUUUCCUGUCUGGCUUGGAUGCAGCUCCUCAUCCACAUCUUGGCAGUGCUGGUAUCUUCCACAAACACAGUUCAGGACCCCAAAUGUGGUGGAAUAAAGUCUACUGACUGGUCCUGAAAACAUGUUCACUGCCUUUCUCACUUUUCAAGUUGGCUACUACUUCCUUUCUCAGUACCUGAUAUGGGCACACCAUCAUUACAUGGGAAUCAUCCUUGCUCUUCCAUAUAUAUCACUGUGGAACCGAUCGCUAAUUUGCAGAUUUGGUCAGCUCACCAACACCUAGAAGACAAAUUCUUUUUCUGAAAAAACAAAAACAAAAACAACACUUCACUCUUUCCACCUAGUCUGUCUUCCUCUAUCUAUACAUCUCAUUCCCAACACAGACACAUGCGCGCGUGCGCACACACAAACACACACACACACUGUUGUAUGUCAGACAGUGGAGUCGAAGUCGUAGUACUUCAGUAGAGAGCCCUUCAUCCAUUCCUUAAGGUGAACUCCGCUCUAGAAGAGACUUCAGGGCUGUCCCCAAAUGGAAAUUAUCUCAUAUUUUUCUCCUUGUCCUCCAAACUCUCCUCUUCUGUCCCAUCAGAUGGACCCUAUCAUCCACCCGGGUAAACUAGAAAUGGGAAUCAUUUUUUGCUCUUCCCUCUCUAUACUAAUCUUUGCAUCAGUCACCAAAUCUUUGCCAUUCUGUUCCCUUAACAUUGCAGAUAGGUUAACUUCCUUCCAUCUUCAUUGCUACCUCUGUUGUCCAGAGACCAACAUUUCUCUUACCUGGAUGAUGAUUUUUUCUAACUGAUUUCCAUGCCUCUAGUCUGGUUCCUCUCCAGAGCAUGCUCUCUUCAGCAACUGAAUGGUCUUUCUGAAUCACAAUUCUGAUACGUUAUUUCCAUACUUAAAACUCCUAAGUGACUUCCCAUUUGUACACUGCCCCCAGGAUCAAGUUUGUACUUCAUAACACAAUUUCUAAAGCUCGUUACCAUCUGGACAUUCUCACCCCUCAGACUUUUUCCUAUCCCUCAUGCCCCAGCCACUUGCUAUUCUACGAAAGUUCUAAUCCCUCUCGUCUUGAUCAUGAUGUGCCUCUACCUGCAAAAUUUUGUCUGCUCUCACCCAUCUUUCCCAUUUCAGUUUAGGCAUCGAGUCUGUGCCAAGAAUGCUUUCAAUGGCAAAUAUCCAAAAUCAGAUGCUACUAAUUUUUCUUAUGUAGGAAAUCUGGAGAUACGCAGUUGAUAGUGUUGAUUCAUUAUUACUGUUGUCAUUAUAAUCAUUAGUUAUUAUUUAUAAUAAUAAGAUUAGUCUCCUAACCUAUUCUUAAGUGAUCCCAGACUUCUGAUGAAACUGCAUUCCACGUUCUCAUUCUUCUGGUCCAAACCAUAAGAAUCAUAAACAGACUUUAUCUUAGGUAUUAUUACCAUCAGUUGAUAACUGAUAUCUGCAUUGAGAAAAAUUUUGAGACCCAAGAGAGGCUCAGCAGAAGAGAAUGCGAGGCAUGAUCACUUAGUGAUGUCUGCCAUGGGCACAGAAAAUGGAAACAUGGCAUGUGUGCGGUAUAUCUGCUGUCUUCUCUCAGAAUUUUGUCAAGCAUCUCUAAGUGGCCUGGUUAAAAGUUGCACAGUUAGCUUGUCAGGAUGGAAAAGGUCAAUUCUAGAACAGGAAAAACAUGAUUAUUUGGUUUUUUCUCCUUUAAUUUGCAAAUAGUGAAUUAUUCCACUUUAAAUGAUAAAACAGCCUCACUUUUCUAGGAUUAAACCCAAUUUAGUUUUGAUAUAGUGUCUUGUAUACACUACUGAAUUCAGCUUGCUAAUAUUUCUACUUAUCACAGUCUACUUGGAAUUAAUGUUACACCACUUAACAUAUAAGAACCUUAAAACAGUAUAUUUUCCAUUUAUACCCUUCCCAUUCUUCAUGAUACUGUUAUCAUUUUUUUUCUUUUUUUGCUUUCCCAAAUGUUAUAAACUGUAAUAAAUUGUUACUAUUUUUGCUUUAAACAGUCAGCUGCUUUUCUUGUAAUGAAAAUAAGACUUUGUAUUUUCUUAAAAUACCUUUAAGAAAAAGUAACAUUUCUGGAAUUCUUCGUUUCUUAAUGUAGAUUCAUAUUUCCAGCUGCUGCCAUUUCCCUUUGGCUUGAAAACAUUAACAUAUCUUGUGAUGAACAUAUCUGCUGGGGAUAAAUUCUUCAGCCUUUGUUUAUCUGGAAAUGUCUAUAUGUCACCUUCAUUUUAUAGGCUGUUUUCUUUGGAUAAGAAUCCUAGGUUGGCAAUUCAUUUCUUUAGCACUUUAAAUAUAUCAUUCUAUUGUCUUUUGAUCUCCAUUGCUUCCUGUGAGAAAUUAGUGAUUAUUCUUAUCAUUGGUCGCCUAUAUGUAACAUGCCUGUUUUUCUCUGGCUGCUUUAUUUUGUUCUAACAAUUUAAAACUCAUGGAUGUUUAGUUUUUGUUUUUGUUUUUUAAUGUUUAUACUGCUUGUGUUUUAUUGAGCUUCUUCUGGGGUCUGUGGCUUUAUAGUUUUAAUCAAAUUUAGAAAAUGUUGGCCAUUAUUUCUUCAAAAUCUUUUCUGUGCAAGUUUUAUUCUCUUUUCCUCUGAGAAUCCAUAUGUACAUACAUUAGACUGCUUAAUAUUAUCUCAUAAGUCACUGAGGCCAUGUUUAAUUUUUCAGUCCUUUUACCUUUUGUAUUUCAGUUUGGAUAGUUUCUGUUGACCUGUUUUCAAAUAUACUGAUUUUUUUUUUUUUUGUAGUGUCCAAUUUGCUGUUAAGCCCAUCUGGUAAAAUUUCAUUUGAAAUAUUGUAAUUUUUAGUUCUAGAAUUUCCAUUCUGCUCUCUCUCCCUAUAUAUAGGGAGAGAGAGAGAGUUUCCAUUUCUUUGCUGAGAUUCCUUGUAUCCAUCUUUUUUUUUAAUCUUAAAUAUAUUUAUAAUAGCUGUUUUAAAGUCCUUGGCUGUUAAUUCCAGUGUCCUCUCAGAGUCUGUUUCUUUGGACCGUUUUGUUUUUUGUUGUUGCUACUCCUGGUUAUGGGUCACAUUUUCCUACUCCUUUCCAUGUCUAGUGAUUGUUAUUGCUUGUUGAACCAUGUGGGUGUUACAUUAUUGAGAGUCUGGAUUUUGUUUUCUUCCCUCAAAGAGUGUUUUUUGUUCUUUUAGGCAGUUAAUGCAUUGGCAUAUCAGUGUGAUCCAACUGGGACUUGAUUUUAAGCUUUGUUAGGGUCGGACUAUAGUAGCCCUUAUUCUAAGGCUAGAGCAGACCUACUUCUAAGAUAUGGCCCUUCUGAGCUCGCCACUGAAUGUCUGGAGUGUCACUUUAUUCUGGCUAGCUAGAACACCAUUAUCUCAGCACUUCAGAAUCUUCAUUUAGCUUAUAGAGACCCCAAUGGAUAACUUUCCUGACAGACCUGUGGUAUCUUGCUCUGUGCAUCUACAGAUUAGUAUUUGGCGAAAGACCCAAGGGGGUUUGUAUGCAGAUUUCAGGAGCUCCUUCCCUGUGCAGCUCCCUCCUCUGUGAGAUCCUGACUCUCAAUUAUUUCUGGGCACAUCAGUAGCUCCAGACUCUGAUCUCUGUUUCCUCCACCUAGCAAGACCACCCUCAAUCCUGGGCUCCCCAAGGUUCUGGCAGUCCCUCCUGAGAGAGAAGCAGGUGAUCUUGCUACUGUUUUUAGCCUUCUGAUUAGGGAGGUGCCUGAUCCAGGAAGAAAUCUGCAACUCCCUUUCUCCCCCUAGAUCCACCUGGGGCACCCAGAUGCCUGUCCUUGAUGUACCUCUUGCCAAGUUUGUCUGUACCCACAGGCCUUCCAAACCAGAGGACUCUACCGGAUGUCAGUGUGGUGAAAAGGGAGGGCUGGAGGGCCUUUAGCUCCUCCAUCAUCUCCGCUAACACCCCCGAGCCACCGCUUGGUAUUCUUCAGU